AUGAACAGCUUGCGACCGGAUGCGGCCAUCAUCUGGGCAGACCUAACCAAGUUUGGCCGGCUACAGAAAGAUGACUUUGACAACAUUACGGAAGCGAUCCGCAACCUUCUGCAGCACAACCCCCAGAAAAUGAUCGGAGUGAUCGUAGUCCGGCGACUGGAAGACAAACUGGAUGCUAAGUUCUUGUUCAACAGUGUAAUCAACAUCCGGAUGGACGAGCCUCACUUCAACAAGAAGCAGGCCCUCCUCUACCCAGGCCUUGUCUGUUGGCCGGAUGGUGUCUCCGAGCACGUCUUCGCUGAGUGCAAGCUAGUGAUUGAUAAGUGCAACCGAGAGCCCAUCGAGUGGAUCUCCGAACGGGACUACAAGUGUCCCACGCGGGCAAAGAAUGCCACCCCAUCCACGAGGGAGGAUCUAGACAGGUCUUUCAGCGAGGUCCAGGAGGCAGCGCAACGCCUGGGCGGUACCCACAUGCCGGAUGCAGCGGGCAUCACAGCCACCAGCCGGGUCUGUUGUGUCAAUCUGACUCCUUAUGAUGGGGCCUUCGAGAAGGCCUGCUUGCAAUCCCCUCUGCGGAAUGGACCCAGGAUGCCUACGUUCUCCCUCGGGGAAGAUGUGACGGUGGUAAAGUACAGCGAGCGAAUGGUGGCCCAGUACCUCCUGGAGGAUUGGAAGAGCGGCCGGAACCUCGUGGGAGCUGCUGCCUAUGAUCCAGAGCCAUUCGUCCCAGAUUCAAGCGGGGGCUCGGCAGUGGAGCCUACGUUCCAUUACGCAAGCAUGAUGACCGGGGAGAACGGUGGCAAGGCUCUCUCGCUGCCAGGGUCGCUACGCAGCAAGUGGAGUGAUGAUCCCCACCGCAAGAAGGACCAACGUGUUACCCUUCAUCGGGAAAUUAGGGCGCACACAACCACCUCCGGCUCGACCGAAGCAACAGCAGCUGAGCAGCCAGCUCCCGGCAGCUCGGCAGAAGUUGAAGGAUGGUCCUCGGAGCCGGGAACAUUGACGGAACUCGAUGCAAAGUACGACACUUUGAUGUCGUGCCCGGGUCGCAACCCUACGACACUGCUCAAGUUGGUCCAGGAGAAGGGCCAGGUUGCAAACUCCGAUGUGACCAUCCCGGAUCACGAGUUUCAGCUCGCCCACGAUCGGGCCAGCUUUGUAGCUGGACAAAAGGUGCAAAAGCUUCCAAACGGUUUCACUUUAGCAUCGUGGGCCUACUUGGCUCGCUCCGAUAUCAUGGACUCUCGCGAAGACCUCAUGGAUUUUCUUAUGUCGGCUUCAUCCAGCAUGCCGGCUGCAGGUCCCCACGGCCUUCCGCAGACAAACCCCUCACCGAAGGCCACCGCACCGAAGGCCGACACCAAGCCGGAGGCCGCCACGCCGAAGGCCGACGCCAAGCAGGAGACUGCCGCACCGAAGGCCGACGCCAAGCAGGAGGCAAAGGCAUCGCUUGUGGUGACCCCGAAAAAGCUUGGGAACAAGUGGCUCCAGUUCCGCCGCAAGGACACCGCUUCUUCGAUUGCAUCCACUCCGGCUUGCAAGAAGAAGCCUCUCUUGCAGUCACCGGGAGAUGACUCCUUGGGAGAACCCGAGGAGACAGCAUCCCAAGAAGCUCUGAUGCAGGAAGCCGAAGAGGUGAGUGACAUGCUGCAGAAGGCCAUGCAUCUGUCUGACAAGAAGAAGAAGCCCAAGCAGGAGAAGCCCGAGGAUAAGAACGCCCAUGAGGAUGAGAACACCGCAACGGCCCCCAAAGGUGAUCAUGCCCCCGAUAAAAAGCCGGAGCUCAGCGAUGUAAAAUCAGAGGCACCGACGUUGUCGAGCAUGGUCGCCAACCUCAUCCAGCCUGGCACGCAGCCCAAGCCCAAGGCAAAGGGCAAGGCAAAGGCCAAGGUGGAUGCGAAGGUGGAUGCCAAGGUGGAUGAUGGUGACAAGAAGAACAAGAAGAAAGAAAAAGCUGCCAGUGCCGGCAGCCACGGCGAGACCGAGACCAAGGAUGAUGACGGUGGCAGCAAAAAGACGGGUAAGAAGCGGAGCUCAGACCAGGGUGACGUCGAGAAGAAGCCGCUAAAGGAGAGUGCCUUGAGAAACACGUGGAACGAGUUUCGCACCGAGUACAUGCAGAAGCAUAAGGGCUCAGGCAAGCCGGUCCAAGAGUUGAUGAAGGAAGCUGCCGAGGUGGGCCUAGAGCCUAUCCUGCACAAGUCCUUUUUGUGGGCAUCACUAAGCUGCCCCCUGAAAGAGCCGACCAACCUCGUGUGCGAGUGGAAGUCGGAUGAUGAGUCGGUGGUCCUGGAGACCACAGAGCCCGGCACAAGACGGUUGAAGGAUGCACCGAUAUCGUUGAUGAGGCAGCUGCUGCUUGAAAUGGAGCAGCAAGGUGUUGUCGAUUUGACAGUGAACUCCCACCAGAUGGAACGCGCAGGAGCCGACGCUGAUCGAUUCCAGAUCCAUCCCGACCCGGAGCAGCUCCCUUUGGUGUUCAAGUAUGUCAAGAAGACGCAAGCCGAGCAGUUCAAGUUCACGACCGGGGCCAGCUACUUCACCAACAAGGAACUCACCUCCUCCUCCUCGGCACUUCGCCUUGUCUGGCGGGUGUCUUACUCCACCGAUGAAGAGGAGAUCAGCCCGAAAAAGCCGCUUUACUUCUUGAAGCGCACGAAGUCGCUUGCGAAGCAGCAGGUGAUGCGACUGAUCUAG